AUGGCGAUCAAUGAAGAAAUUGGUGAUUCUCCAUUUGCGACUUCAAUCUCUACGCCAACUAUAGAGCUUGUUGAUCACAAUCAUCCUCUUUACAUUCAUCCUUCUGAUGCUCAAGGUUCUGUACUUACUUCUACUCAGCUUCAAGGUUCAGAAAAUUAUUCAAUUUGGAGUAGAUCUAUGAAAAUUGUUUUGCAUGGUAAAAAUAAACUAGGUUUUGUUCUAGGCAGUUGUAGAAAGUCUAGAUAUGAUCCUAGUUUGCAUGAAUUGUGGGACAGAUGCAAUGCUAUUGUGCUUGCUUGGAUAAUGAACACAGUUUCACCUAGUUUGAUCAGCUAUGUGAUCUAUGCCUCUGAUGCACACACUGUUUGUGAGGAUCUCAAGGAGAGAUUUGAUAAGGAUAAUGCAUCUAGGGCUUGUUAUUUUCACAAGGAAAUUGCCAUACUGACUCAAGGCAUAUCUUUUGUCUCAGAAACACGUAGAACAUUACCAGAUACAAAAGCUAUAUCAAUUCCUCACUGUUUAAAUGAAUCCUUUGAGAAUGCCAAGAAUCAAGUGUUUAUGACUCGACCCCUACCAAAUUUGAAUCAGGCCUAUGCCAUGAUAGUAAAUAUAGAGAGCCAUAGGAUUAGUGGAAAAGGUGCAUAUGCUGAAAGCAAUGAAGUUGCAAUGAUGAGUAACAAGAUGUAUACUGGAGGUUACAAUGGUGGAGGACAAUCUAAUGCCAUUUCAAAUAACUCAAAUGGAAGUUAUAAACCUAGAAACACAGCUGGUAAAUCUACAGUCUGGUGUGAUUAUUGCAAAUACAAAGGUCAUACCAGGGAAAAUUGCUUCAAGCUUCAUGGUUAUCCAUAUGAUUUCAAGAACAAGAGAAGAGGUGGAGCUCCACAUGCUCAAGCCAAUAGUGCCGUUAAUUCUAGUUGUUCAGAGCCACAAGUACAGGGACAACAUGUGACAACUACUCCAGCUCCAGCUCAUUUUUUCACUCAGGAACAGUACCAGCAAAUUCUGCACCUGUUGAACGAGGACAAGAAGAUAAUAGACACAGGUGCCACAAACCAUAUGGUUCACAGUUUGAAUUUGCUAGAGACUUAUGAUAAAAUACCUGAGAAUGCUAGGAGUAAGGUUCAUUUACCAACUGGAGAACAGGUGUCUAUCACUCAUGUAGGUAUCUGUUCUUUCUUCAAGAACAAGAAGGUUCAGAAUAUCCUUCACAUUCCAGAGUUUAAGUACAACCUCCUCUCAGUAUCAAAACUCACAAAGGAACUGAUGUGUCUUGCAGCAUUUUACCCUGACUUUUGUGUCUUUCGGGAACUCUCAAGUGGGAAGGUCUUGGGGAUUGGUAAGGAAGAGCUUGGUUUGUAUAUCCUCAAGGCAGAUGACAGACAAAAUGGAACUGUUGAAAGAAAACACAUGUCAAUCUUGGAUAUGGCCAGAGCUCUCAGAUUCCAAGCUCACUUGCCUCUCAGGUUCUGGGGAGAGUGUGUCUCUACUGCAGUCUACCUCCUAAAUAGAUUGCCAACUACUGUGCUACAAGGCAAAUCUCCCUUUGACAAACUCUUCCAAAUGAGCCCUUCCUUACAACAUCUGAGGGUCUUUGAAAGUUUGUGUUAUGCUACUAAGGUGAGAAAAGGUGAUAAAUUCUGUCCCAAAGCAAUUCCUGCUAUGCACAUGGGCUACUCAUCUUCACAAAAGGGUUACAUUCUCUAUGAUCUGUGCUCCAAAAGGUUUUUUGUUAGCAGGGACACUGUCUUCAAGGAAGAAGUGUUCCCAUUCAAGCACAUGUCCUCAGGUGCAUCACCUUUUUUUCCUGUAUUGGAGCUUGUAGAACAUCCUACUCAUUCAGCAGUUGUUCCUAAUACUACUCCCUCACUUGCAGGAUCUCCUAUUCUCAACAAUGCUGAUGUUGCUGCUCCUAGUUCUGCAUCUCUCUCUCUGUUUUGCCCUCACCAGAAGUCUUCAAGAUUAACUAAACCACAUGUGUGGCUAGCUGACUAUGUAAUUCCAUCAAAUAAGUCAGCCUGUUCAUAUCCUAUGAUCAAUCAUGUGGCAUAUGAUAACCUGUCACCUAGUUACAAAUCUUCUUUGACUGCUUUCUCAGCCAUUGUGGAGCCUAAGUCCUUUGCUGAAGCCAAUCAAGACCCCAAGUGGAUUGAGGCUAUAAAGGUUGAGAUUACUGCUCUUGAAGAAAACAACACUUGGUCCAUUGUUCCUUUGCCUCCUGAGAAGGUUCCUAUAGGCUGCAAAUGGGUCUUUAAAGUCAAGUACAAAUCCUCUGGUGAAGUGGAAAGGUACAAAGCAAGACUGGUAGCCAAAGGCUACAGUCAACAGGAAGGUUUGGGUUAUACAGGAACUUUUUCUCCAGUGGCUAAAAUGGUCACUGUCAGAGCUAUAGUUGCCUUAGCUGUUGCUUCUGGUUGGUAUGUGUUUCAGAUGGUUGUCCAUAAUGAUUUUAUUCAAAGAGAUCUCCUAGAGGAAGUUUACAUGUAUGUUCCUGAUGGCUUUUCAAGCCAGGGGGAGUGUCAUAAGAAAAUAGCCUCAGACUUGGUUGUUAUUCUAGUUUAUGUGGAUGAUCUCCUGGUAACUGGAAGUGAUCUGACGCUAAUCAAACAGGUCAGGAAAAGGUUGCAAGAGAGGUUUAAGAUGAAAGACCUUGGUGAACUCAAAUACUUUUUUGGCAUUGAUUUCUCUAGAUCUCAAGAAGGCAUAGUAAUGUGUCAAAUGAAGUAUGCCCUUGAGCUUGUGUCAGAGCUUGGCCUAGCAGGAGGAAAGCCAGCAGCCACACCUCUUGAAUUCAACCAUAAGCUCACAUCCAUUGAGUUUGACAAAUAA